CAUCCUUUCUUCUAGUUGGCUAGGUCUUUGAUUUGCUCGGAACAAAGACACAGGCACACAGAGACAGAGACAGAGAAAGAGAGAGAGAGAGACACACACACACACACACACGCAGAAGAAGAAGAAGAAAGAUGUCGUCGAACGCAGCGGUGCCGUUUUGGAGAGCAGCAGGGAUGACAUACAUAACGUACUCCAACAUCUGCGCCAAUCUGGUGAGGAACUGUCUGAAGGAGCCCCACAGGUCCGAAGCUAUCGCCCGCGAGAAGGUCCACUUCUCCGUCUCCAAGUGGGCCGAAGGCAAACCCCAGAAACCCACUCUCCGAUCAGACAAUCCCCAAGAUUGAGCUUUGGAGGUUAUGCUACCAAGAACCCUCAAGAGUGUCCUUUCUCGUUCAACCUUAUUUCUUGUUUUGUCAGUUUUAGGUUUCAUUGUAUUUGAUGCCCAAAUAUUUCAGACAUGGAUUGAUUUCUCUUUGCUGCAUUGGUAUUGCCUGUAAUAAUGGAGUUGCCAAAUCUACCCUUGAGCUACAUUUUUACGGAUAUUUAAAUGAGAUAAUUCUCAGGCUGUAGAAGAAAUAUCGCUUAUCUACAGCUACUCUGGAUAUUUUUGUUAUAUAUAAGGAAGAUGGAAUAAACUUGCACCUCUCUUUCUCUC